AUGUCAUCACCAGUACCAUUCCGAAUCAUUAUCGUGGGCGGUGGGAUCGCAGGAUUGGCAGCUGCCAUAGCCUUACGGAAGGACGAUCGUCAGAUCACGAUCCUGGAACAAUCCCGACUCAGCACAGAGAUUGGCGCUACAAUCUCGCUCCAACCAAACGCCACGAGGAUCUUACAGCAGUCAUGGGGGCUAGAAACCCUACUCGAGGACUCUAAUGGUACAAUCGAUCACGGGUUCAGGAUCUAUAGCGUUGAUGGCAAGAUGGUGAAUGAGAUACCGCUACGAAGUAAGACACAGUAUGGGGCAGACCGUAUCAUGUGGCACCGUGAGGAUCUUCAUGCCUAUCUCAGGGAGAAAGCCACAAGUACUGAACGGGAUGGCCAGCCGGCGGUUCUACGUACCUCGGCGCGAGUGUCCAGCUGUGACUGCGAAGAAGGCAAAGUGAUACUUGAGAAUGGUGAAACGCUGGAAGCAGAUCUUGUCAUUGGCGCGGAUGGCAUUCAUAGUGCCCUGCGUACUUCUGUUCUCGGUAAAGAGAUUCAUCCCAAACCCACGGGGUCCUCAGCCUACCGGCUUAUGCUACCAACUGCAGUUCUUAACGAACGUGCACCGCAAUUCUCUGCGAAAAUCAAACCAGAACAGCCCUACACGUCCAUGAUCAUGGCACACUCCUGCCGACUUAUCAUGGGUCCCGCUCGCGACGCAAAGCUCUACAGCAUUGUCGGCCUGGUACCAGACGAGCAAAUGAAUGAAGACCCUGAUAAAGCGCAGUCAUGGGUGACGAAAGGAGAUCCAACAAAGAUGUUGGAGACGUUCAAGGACUUCCCCAGCUGGACCAGGGACAUGCUUCGCAAUGCUGACAGUAUAGGCCUUUGGCAGCUGCGCGACUUGGAUCCGCUAGAUACGUGGCAUUCUGGGCGUACGAUUCUCAUCGGUGAUGCAGCGCAUGCUAUGCUGCCCACCCAAGGUCAAGGCGCAAGCCAGACUAUUGAGGACGCUGAAGCUUUAGGGGCGCUCUUCGAUAGCGUCACUGGAAGGCCUACCAAAGACGAAGUCACUUCCAUCCUCGAAAACGUGUUCAAGAGUCGAUAUGAACGUGCGAGCUUGAUACAGCGAUUCAGUCGCGAGGCUGCAAAGCCUGCGACGGAAAAGGGUAGCAAUGUCAUCAAAAUGCGCCCUGAUGAGUUCAUGGACUACAACUGCACAUAUCGGGGGAUCAUAAUGUCUGUCGAUAUGGCGGUGACACCAACGAAUGCGCGACCCUCCAAGCGUCAGCGGACUUCCGAUGCCUCAAUUGGUGCGCUUCAGUGUCAAGUCUGCCACCGGACAUAUGAACGUGCCGACCACUUGAACCGGCAUCUGGACUCACAUCGCAAUGAACGAUCUUUCCAGUGCGAGGAGUGUCCUGCGGCGUUCAACCGGAGAGACUUAUUGCUGAGGCAUCAAGCAACGCAUACGAAGAAUGCUAAAGAUGGACUUGUUGGCCCAAACCGUGUAGCAGAACGUGCCACAAAAGCCUGCAACUCGUGCGUACUAUCAAAAGUCAAAUGCGACAACGGCAGGCCCUGCAAGCGGUGCCAAAAGAAGGGCCUAUCAUGUGUGACAAAGUUUUCCGAUACAUCAUCAUUCACGCAGUCAACUACGAGUGAACACCCACCUCAAGUUUUCGCAACAACUGCGAAUGAUCAAGGCAACCCAAACGGAUUUGAGGACGACAUACAAUUGAAUGGCGUGUACCUCAAUGAGGCCAGUACUGAAGCACAAGCUCUACUCGAUCUCUACAACACCACCAGCUAUACCCAGCAUACCAUCCCGGCUUUCUUCGAGCAGAUCAUGGUUCCAGCACCGGACUUCAUGGGCGUCGACUACAUGCAAGCGCCUCCAGAUCUGACGGCUUGGAUGCCUGAGACCGACUGGCUUGGUCAAGUCGACAUCUUUGGCAACGACUUCACUCCGACUGUCAGUCAAAUGCUAGAAGCGCCGGUGUCGCAGGUGACUGCCCUGCCUCCAGCAACGCCGCCGGCUAAUACAGAUGCUUCUCUUGAGAAGAUUGAUAGUGACUCCGCAAGAAGGCGUCAUGCAGUCUUCAAACAGUCUGCCUGGUUCUGGAUUCCCGAGCGUAACCAGCACGCUUUCAGCGAGCACGAAAAUAUCGCUCUAGAUGAGCGCAACGUGGAUCUUGCCUCAUCACCACAUAUGCCGUAUGCAUCCAACGUCGUGAUCCCAGAUCAGUUAUCAUCAGCAGCGCGUGAUCGCAUCUUCCAACUUGUCUCCAAGACUGCACAAAGCCAGAUCACAAUUCCGUCCUUUCCUUCGGCAGAGUGCGUGGACAAGCUGAUCAAGGUCGGUAUUGCGAAAAGAACGGAGACCGAUGCAUGGAUCCAUCCAUAUACCUUCGAGAGUGAAACCGCCCGUCCAGAAUAUCUCACUGCCUUGGUGGCGGCUGGGUGUUCUGAGAACGACAACAGCGUGAUCCGCGAUUUAGAAUAUCUCCAAGCUUCGAUGCUAUGGCUUGACAUCGGAGCAUUCUGUGGGUAUAGAAGAAAGAUGGAAAUUGCUGAGAGUAGUCUGCAGUCUCUUGUCACGGCACUGCGUCGUGCCGGCAGGUUUGAUCACAUCCGCUAUCCCGCAAUUACACCAUCUGCCCAGGAUAGCGACGAGGAACUACAGACAAAAUGGAAGCGGUGGGUGGAGCAAGAAUCAUACAAGAGGUUGGUAUAUCACCUAUUCGAACACGAUAUCCACAUGACCAUGGCUAAGCACCGCCCACCACUGAUCACAUACCACUGCUUGCAACGCGAAGACCUUCUGCCUAGCAACUCUCCGGCUGUGACCUGUCUAUUCCACCAAUUCUUGCAGAUGUACCUGCAUGUCAAUCUCGAUCUGAUUACGCGAUUUGCAGGCAAAUGCGGCGAAAGCGCUGCCAAUAGCGCGUACACUCACCUGUCACCCUGGAGCCAAACUAAAGAAGCCAGGAUCGCGAUCUGUCAUGCUGGACAAGUAGUACGAGCCGCUCGACAUAUUCCGCCAUAUCAGAUCCGUGGUCCAGAUUCUUUCAUGCUGUAUCAUGCCAUCAUGGUUCUCUGGACUUACAGUAUGAUGAUGCGAGACCGAGCGAAGAAGACUGGUACCACAACGCCGAUGCGUGCACAACCCAGUUCGUUUCUGAGCAAAGUCAUUUACCUCGAUGAUGCUACAUCGGACAACCAGACUUCCAUUCAUUCCUUCAUCCUUAUGAACAGCGGUAUACCAUGCCUUCGCAUUAUCUCCACACAUCAACCAGUAGCAUCGGAGUCUGAAGUAGCUGAUCGGCCAGAGAUCUGUAAUCUCAAGUACCCUUCACAGGUCAUGAAGGUCGGCGUCAGGCUUCUUGACACAACACACCCUGAUGUGGACCGCGAGACUGGGCCGCCUCUUGUGCGCGCGCUGUGUGGACUCAUGGAAGAACUUGGAGGCCUUCGAUGA